UUACCACUGAUAUUUCUAACGUGUUGACAAGUUAUUCUAUACAUCAAAAUGGUGUGAUAACACAUAGUAUCUUAAUAUUGUAAUAUUCAUUUUAAAAAUGUCAAAUUUGGAGGAAAGAUUUUCGCCCUCCAAAAGACGGAGUAGGCCUUCGAUAAAAAGAAAACAAGAAGUUAUAUUUCAAAAAGACCCGUCUGAAAUAUAUCCACCAAACAAACAGAUUCACCAGUUAACGGAUCAUGAAAUUCAAGCAUAUAAAGAAGCAUUUUGGAAGUUUGAUAAAGAUAGCAGUGGUACAAUAGAUGUUCGGGAACUGAAUGACAUGUUGAAGAGUAUGGGGAGAGAAAUACCAAUUGGAGAUGUUCUUGAUAUUGUCGCACAUUUUGACAAAGAUGAGAGUGGCCAGAUAGAUUUUCCCGAGUUUCUCACAUUGAUGGCGAACUUAAAACUAGGACAAGAGGACGGGGAAUACCUGGAGGCAUUUAACAUGAUGGACACAGACAACAAAGGUGAGAUUGGACAUUCAGAACUUAGAGAGUUUCUUGCCAAACUAGAUUGUAAAAUAUCAGAUGAGGAGCUAAACUCAAUGAUUCGUAUGGCAGACACUGAAGGAAACGGCAAACUAACAUUUAAAGAGUUUGCAGCUAUGAUGAAAGAAGUAUGAUAGUAAUGGAAAGACAACUGUAGUAAACCUUAAACUACGUUAAUAGUCAUAGUUAGCUCCCUUUACUCGUAAGCAUGUUCAAAUUGGAUGUCAUUUUUCAAGAAAAAAAUAUCCUAUUUCACGUUAUUAUAAUGACGUUGACGUUACACGAUGUGACGUCAUUAGAAUAGCUUACAUAAUUAUAUUUUAAUCAGAUUUGUUACAAGUGCUUUAACAUCCCCCCUCAUUAUUUAGAUUGUUUAUUUUAUCAUACAUUAUCAUUUAUAUUCACUUUUUGAAAUGUUGUUUAUAUUGUUAUUUCUGACGAAGACAAUAAAGUUGAAUGGUUAUCUUGUCU